AGCGGCCGAGUUUCUUCCGCAGGCUUUGACCCAGCAGAAGACGAGCUGACCCGAGCUCUCAGGUCGUCCGGGGCAGCGAUAGCGUUCUUCAGAAACGCGUUCUUUGAACUGCCGUCGGUCGCGCGCUCUUUCCUUCCGUAGAGGGAUACAGGCCUCUUUCAAAAGCAUUUUGAAGCGACAGCCUCCGGAGUGCGUUGGGGAUUUCAACGUCUCCGUUCUCUUACCAUCGCUUGUACGGAAGCCGGAGCGGCCGUAAACCUGUUUCAAAGGAAUGAAAAACUACGUUCAGUCGCCUCUUCAAGCACUAGGCCUUGGAGCUGGUUGGGUCAAAAUACAUUAUUCUUACUGCUUUGUGUAGUUUACUGCUUUGUGCGCUUACCGCUGUAAGUAAGAAUUGUCAGUCUGAUAAAUGGCUUCUCUCACCAGAGAAGCUCGAAGUUUCUUAGCUCGUUUUCUGUUAAUGUAUGUCCUUCCUGUCGGGGCAAAGAACCAUUCUUUCAUGGAAAUGGAAGCACGCAGAACAACUUCUUACGGCUGAAAUCUAUCUGUAUGCUGAAGAUCUUCAAGAACAUAAAUAGGCAGUAAGAAGAGCGCAACUGAUCCCAGAGCACAGGAUGGGUAUCUCUUUUCUUCUGUUAAUCGUAGGGUUUUGCUGGGCGCAGUACAACCCUCAUACUCUCUCUGGGAGGACGUCUAUUGUGCAUCUCUUUGAAUGGCGCUGGGCCGAUAUUGCUCUGGAGUGUGAACGCUAUUUAGCUCCUAACGGAUUUGGAGGAGUUCAGAUUUCACCUCCAAAUGAAAAUGUUAUCAUUACUGACCCCUGGCAACCGUGGUGGGAGAGAUACCAGCCCGUCAGCUACAAGCUGUGCACACGAUCCGGGAAUGAAACUGAAUUUAGAGAUAUGGUGACCAGGUGCAACAAUGUUGGAGUACAUAUUUAUGUGGAUGCAGUAAUCAACCAUAUGUGCGGAGCUAAUGCUGGUGCUGGCAACCAUGCUACUUGUGGAAGCUAUUUCAAUGCAAAGACUGAAGAUUUUCCUGCUGUGCCAUAUUCUGGCUGGGACUUUAAUGAUGGUAAAUGUAAAUCUAGAAGUGGAGACAUUGAGAAUUAUCAUGAUAUAUCUCAGGUGCGAGACUGCCGCUUGGUUAGCCUUCUUGAUCUGGCCCUGGAGAAGGACUACGUACGCUCAAAAGUUGCUGAGUACAUGAACUACCUCAUUGAUAUUGGCGUAGCAGGCUUCCGGAUUGAUGCUGCCAAGCAUAUGUGGCCUGGGGAUCUGAAGGCGAUUUUAGACAAGCUGAAAGAUCUAAAUACUAAAUGGUUUUCUGCAGGAGCUAAACCUUUCAUUUACCAGGAGGUAAUUGACUUGGGCGGCGAGCCGAUCAAAGGCAGUGACUACUUUGGAAAUGGCCGAGUGACGGAAUUCAAAUACGGUGCAAAACUGGGGACAGUGAUCCGCAAGUGGAACGGAGAAAAGAUGGCCUACUUAAAGAACUGGGGAGAAGGCUGGGGCUUUGUGCCUUCCGACAGAGCCCUGGUCUUUGUGGAUAAUCACGACAACCAGCGGGGUCACGGGGCCGGCGGAGCUUCCAUUCUAACCUUCUGGGACCCCAGGCUUUAUAAAAUGGCAGUUGGUUUCAUGCUUGCUCAUCCGUAUGGGUUCACGCGUGUGAUGUCAAGUUUUCGCUGGCCAAGGUCUUUUGUAAAUGGACGGGACGUCAACGACUGGAUCGGACCACCGAGUAACUCGGAUGGGUCAACAAAGCCUGUUACAAUCAAUGCAGACUCUACCUGUGGCGACGGCUGGGUUUGUGAACAUCGCUGGCGUCAAAUAAAGAACAUGGUUAUCUUCCGUAAUGUGGUGGACGGUCAGCCUUUCUCCAGCUGGUGGGACAACGGCAGCAAUCAAGUAGCUUUUGGCCGUGGUAAUAAAGGCUUCAUCGUUUUUAAUAAUGAUGACUGGUCUUUGAAUGUAACUCUGCAGACUGGUCUGCCUGCUGGCACUUACUGCGAUGUCAUUUCUGGGCAAAAGAAAGAUGACUACUGUACCGCAGUUGAAGUUCAUGUUGCUGCUGAUGGCGUGGCUAAUUUCCUGAUUAGUAACGAGGAUGAAGACCCAUUCAUUGCAAUUCAUGUUGACGCCAAAUUGUAACCAGAUCUGUGGUGCACGUGUUGUUUCUUCUCUUCUGUAUUUUUGCUAACAGUGUACAAGGUGGUCUGAUUCUCUUGGCUCUCCGGCACCGAAUGAACCGUGAUAGAGCAAAGUCCAUUAGUUUAUAUUAAUGAAAUAGUGAGUAGCUGCUAUAUAGAGACAGGAGCUAGUGGUGCUAGCGCAGAUCCGGAAGAGGCAGUAUACGCCCGCUUGCCUUUGUAAUUGCACUUUAUUCAGUUAAAGUACUAAUAAAAAAUGAAAGGAGACAAUUGAAAUGACUUAAUUUUAAAUUGUGCUGCUCUGUGCAUAAGUGGAAAUGUAGUUCUCUUUAUGGGGAAGCUGGACUAGGAAUUAACAGCACGUCUGAAACUCAAGAGAAGACACCUUUGGGCUGAAACAUGGCGCAAUUCAAGUUGAUGCCACGUUAUAACUCAGUUGAAAAUGCGUUUCUUCCAUUGGUCCGUGCAUUAUUGUUUCCCCCACAUGCGAUUCCCUGGUAUUCGAGCGUGAGUGAUCCUCUGUGUCUAGUGAAUAAUAAAUGGCAAUCAAAUUG